AGAAAGAAGAAAGAGAGAACAGUGGUUGUUAGCCGUAGUAUUGUCUGAGUGUGAGGUGAGGCGCAGACGAAGAUGGAAGUUGUGUGUGGAAGUGGGGUUUGCGUCUCAUCUCUUCCGCGCUCAUCAACGCUUACCAAAAGCACUGUUCCUCAAUUCCGAGUCAGUUAUCAACACCUAACACCAUUUCCCUCACAAUCUCAUCUAUUCUCCUAUCACCCUCCGCCCUAUGCUAAAACCCUCCGCGCCAGAACCACCACCAAACCUGCUAUUUUCCUUCCCCACUUAGUUGCAUCUCUGCAGCAAGUUGACCAGACUUACAUAAUGGUGAAGCCCGACGGCGUGCAACGUGGUCUUGUGGGAGAAAUUAUUUCUAGGUUUGAGAAGAAGGGGUUUAAGUUGACUGGCUUGAAGCUCUUCCAGUGCUCUAAAGAGUUAGCUGAGGAGCAUUACAAGGACCUAAAACAAAAGUCAUUCUUCCCCAAGCUCAUUGACUAUAUUACUUCAGGUCCUGUUGUUUGUAUGGCUUGGGAGGGUGUUGGAGUAGUGGCAUCCGCACGUAAGCUUAUAGGGGCUACUGAUCCUCUUCAAGCUGAACCAGGCACAAUAAGAGGAGACCUUGCUGUUCAAACAGGAAGGAAUGUAGUUCAUGGCAGUGACAGUCCUGAAAAUGGCAAGCGAGAAGUAGCUCUAUGGUUCAAGGAAGGCGAAUUAUGCGAUUGGACCCCCGUUCAAGCACCAUGGCUGAGAGAAUAAUAAAUCACAGAUUUCCAGUUCCGAUAUUCAUGCCAUUUCUAGUUUCAAUAAUGUAUCAAUUGUUUUCGGUCUCAAAUGUAGAACUACAUUAAUUUUCGUGUUUAAACAGUUGUUCAAAUUUUGUUAAAUUUUGCUGGACUCGCAUUCUUCUAGCCCAUGUCAUUUUCUUUUUCUA